AUAAAUUUGUACAGAUUUAUCAGGCUACCGGAAGCUCACAUAUACUACAUCCUUUUACGUCAACCCUCACCGUUUCUAUCUUUAAACUGCUUCGCAAUCCCUGAUACACAAAGAUGGUCAAGGAAGAUAGAAAACUCUGGAAGUCUAACUACUUCAUUAAAAUCACAGCUUUGUUGGAUGAGUAUCCUAAGGCAUUUAUUGUCAAUGCUGACAAUGUCGGAUCAAAGCAGAUGCAGCAGAUUCGUCAAGGCAUUCGUGGCAGAGGAGUCAUCCUUAUGGGGAAAAACACCAUGAUGCGCAAGGCCAUCCGUGGGCACUUGGAUACCAACCCUGGAUUAGAAAAGUUGUUGCCAGCCAUCAAGAACAAUGUUGGAUUUGUCUUCACCAAAGAGGAUUUGACUGAAGUUCGUACUCUUCUUUUGGAGAACAAGGUUCAAGCUCCUGCCAGGGCUGGUGCUCUAGCCCCUAUGGAUGUCAAGAUCCCAGCUCAAAUUACAACACUGGGCCCUGAAAAGACUUCUUUCUUCCAAGCUUUGUCUAUCCCCACCAAGAUCACCAAGGGUACUAUUGAAAUUUUGAACGAGGUAAACUUGAUCAAAGAAGGUGAGAGAGUCGGUUCCUCUGAGUCAACACUUUUGAACAUGUUGAACAUUUCACCCUUCACAUAUGGUCUGGUUAUUGAACAUGUUUAUGACUCUGGCACUGUCUUCAGCCCAGAUGUCCUUGACAUCACCAAUGCUGACAUAAUUGCCAGAUUCGUUGAGGGUGUACGUAAAGUUGCUACAGUCUCUUUGGCCAUUGGCUACCCCACUGCUGCCUCAGCUCCACACUCUUUGGUGAAUGGUUUCAAGCGCCUGUUAGCUGUUGCUGUAGAAACGGAGUACUCCUUCAAAGAGGCUGAGAGGACCAAGGAAUACCUGAAGGAUCCAUCCAAGUUUGCUGUGGCUGCUGCUCCAGUUGCAGCUGCCAAGACAGCCGCUGCCCCUGCUGCAGCAGCUAAGGCUCCAGUGAAAGAGGAGAGUGACAAAUCUGAUGACGAUGACAUGGGAUUUGGUCUCUUUGACUAAACACUAGACAGACACUCUUGAGUUGAUGUAUAUCAAGCUUGAUUAAACUUUUAUGUAGACAUU